AUUAUAUCUAUUUUUUUAUCUCAUAAAAAUUACUAAUGAUAAAAAAUGUAUAAAAACAACCGUCAAGUUUUAUUUUAAACCUUAGAACAACAAUAUUUUACAAAUUAGUAGAUAUUUCCCGUUGACCCUUGAACUUGAAAAAUGAAUUGCGAAGUUUGUUUCGAAAAGUUUAAAGGCAUAAAAAGCCUGAUCGAACAUGAAUCGACUGAUAAUCAUCAGGAAAACGUCAAGAAACAUCAAAAUACCGUAACAGGUUUUUCUACUGAAAGUAUCCCUGCAGUUACAGUAGCCUCUGAAUCAGUCGCUGUUACUGCUGAAGGUUUUAUAAUGUCUGAUGCUGAAUCAGCCCCAGCUGUUACUGAAACUGAUCCAGUUUCUUCAGGAUCAGUCCCAAUUGUUACUGAAACUAUUCCGGACUCUGCCCAAUCAGUCCAAAUAGCAACUGAAACUUCUCCAAAUGUCGCAUUUGCUGAUUCAAAUGUGGGUAGUUCAAAGAUUAACAACUUGUUUUCUUGUGUGGCAUGUUCAAGGGGAUUUUCUAAUCUUUCUAAUGCUAUCCGACACUCAGAAAGUAAGUUGCAUGCCACGAUGGUUUUAGCUACCGGAAUUGGUUUUGAUGAACAAGCUGAUAUUUGUGAAGAUUAUAUUGAAUCAUUUCCUGUGUUAUAUUACUGCAUUGUAUGCAAUUUUCAUUCCUUCAGUUCGAAAUUUUAUGACUUGCACUUUAAAACACGUUGUCAUAGAAUAAUUGUGCAACGAAUAAACAACUUUUUUCAAUUAGAGGUGGAAAAUGCGAGAGAUGUUUGUUUCAAUGAACAAACGCCUAAAAAUGGUUCAAAACUUCCUUUUCAGCAUUAUUGUAAGUUUUGUAAUAUUCAGUAUAAAAAUGAUAAAGGUUACCAAAGACAUAUGAAUGAUAAGAAACAUCAAAAGAUUUUACUGCUUAUGAAGAAAAUAGGUCAAGGAAAAAAAGAAAAUGUUGACGCAAGUUUCAGUGUAAAAGAUGCUGAAAAUUUGAAUAAUUCGCAAUAUUACUGUGAGUUGUGUAAUAUUUCGGUUAAUUCCAAUCAAUAUGAAAAGCACUUGAUGUGGAAAACUCAUAAAAGAGCUGAGCAAUAUAUAAAUACAAUGUCCUUGGGACAUGCUGAAGAUAUCGAUAUUUCUGAAGAUUUAAAUGAUUUUAAGUUCAAUCUGGCUGGUUGUUGUUUAUAUUAUUGUGAGCUAUGUGAAAUUUCGUGUUUUGGUUCUAAAUGUUAUGGAAGUCAUUUGAAUGGAAAGAAGCAUUGCAGAAAGACGAAACAAAAGCAAAUUGCCGCUGAUUCUAAAUUAGUUGAUAAUGUCAAAAAGUCGUCUUCUUCACCACAUCGCUGUGAAGUAUGCAAUAUUCAACACGCAACUUCGAAACGUUAUAAAAUGCACUUGAAAAGCAAGGUUCAUAUUAGAAUUGAACAGAUAUUGAGUGGACUAUCUAAAAUAAAAGAUGAAUUCGGUCCCGGUUUGGAUGCACAUGACAAUCCACCUGUUGAUCCCAGUUUGGAAGCACACGACAAUCCCCUUGUUGAAUCCAGUUUGGAAGCACACGACAGUCACCUUGUUGGACCUAGUUUGGAAGCACACGACAAUCCCCUUGUUGGACCCAGUUUUGAAGUACACGACAAUCUCCUUGUUGGACCUAGUUUGGAAGCACACGACAUUCCCCUUGUUGGACCCAGUUUGGAAGUACACGACAAUCUCCUUGUUGGACCUAGUUUGGAAGCACACGACAAUCCCCUUGUUGGACCCAGUUUGGAAGCACGCGACAAUCCCCUUGUUGGACCCAGUUUGGAAGUACACGACAAUCUCCUUGUUGGACCCAGUUUGGAAGCACGCGACAAUCCCCUUGUUGAACCCAGUUUGGAAGCACACGACAAUCCCCUUCUUGAAUCCAGUUUGGAAGCACGCGACAAUCUCCUUGUUGGACCCAGAUUAGAAGUACGCGACAAUCCCCUUGUUGGACCCAGAUUAGAAGUACAUGACAAUCUCCUUGUCGGACCUAGUUUGGAAGCACACGAGAAUCCCCUUGUUGGUCCCAAUUUGGAAGUACACGUCAAUCCCCUUGUUGGUCCCAGUUUGAAAGCCCAGAACGAUGCUGAUAAAUCCUUGAAGUUGUCCAAUUAUUGCAAAUUAUGUGCUGUUCUAUGUGCCUGUUCAAAGACCUAUAAUUCUCACUUGAAAGGUAAAACUCAUAAGGCAAUUAAAAGGAUUAUGAGCACAUUAUCCAUCGAAACUGGAUUAAAUGUUUCCACUAUUCUUAACUGAAGCAAAGUGAAUUUCUUGUCCUUAUUUAUACUUUUUUAAAACCUUUCGGAAAUUCCAGAACAAAAUUUCCUAUGAAAAUUUUAAUCAGGAAAUAACAGAUUGUGUUGUUGUAUUUUAAGUUUUUUAACUAAUUUUCUCUUUUAAUGACAUCAUAUUCUUCUUUAGUGAAGCAAUUUUGUUAGCAAAAUUUAAAUAUAUAGGGAGCCAACUUUUUUCCAAAAUUUAGAAUUUUUAUAGCAAAGUAAUUCUCAGUAGAUAGGUUCUUAACAAAUUGCAUGCGGAUCACGAAAAUACAUAUUUUUUUUAAAUUCCUACGAUCCUUGGCAAAAAUUUCACAAUUGGUUGCAAAAUUAUUUCGUUUCCGCUAUGUAAAACUAAUAACUAUAUAAAGAAAUAACUCGUUCAUUAUUACGACAAAUAAAAAGGAUUCAAUAGACAUGAAUUUAAUAGUACAAUUAUUCGCUGUAAAAAAUUAUUAAAUUAAAACUGCAGCUAUAAUGACAAGUUUGCACCAGCUUGGAUUUAAAUCUUACCACCUAUAUCUUCAGAUUUUAAUUUACUCGUAUAACAAUCGAAUUACUAUUAUUAUUUGAAAAAUUUGCCCACAUGCACCCUGUUAACAAAUUUCUGGAAUUUCCGUGUGAUAACAAUACAAUACACAAAGUCGUUGUAUAUAACCUUCAAGGAAAUUGUUUUGUUUUUCAACAAAAACACGC